GAGAGAGAGAGACUCGGGCAUUCAGCGAUUCGGCGUAGCAACUUGCAGAGUAAAGUGACAAGAGACAGAGCAAUGGCGUCCUCGCCGCCGCCGCCGCCGCCGCCGCAUCCCCUCCCCACGCAGAUCCCCCUUACCCCAAAGCCCGACCCCGACGCCCCCCAGUCCCCCAGCCCCGUCCCGUCCACCUCCCUCAUCCCCAAGCUCGAACCCAUUGCUCUUACCCCCGAGCUCGAGCCCUCCCCCGACGGCCACCCGGACCUCACCGGCCACCUCCACUUCACACAGCACCAGAUCGACGCCGUCCCCGCCGACCACCGCCUCGUCGUCUCCAAUCCGCAACCCGAGCCCAACCCACAAGGUUCCAUUCCCCCCGCGCACUCUGACACAUCCGUCUCCUCCUCUUCGUCGACCGCCAAGAAGCGCGCCCGCGGCGGCGAGAUGGUGCGCGUCAAUACGGUCACGCCUCAGGACCACAUCCACUUCCGGUCCCUGGUCCGCCGCGCGCGCCUCACCUUCGAGGCGCUCCGCGGGAUCUACCAGCGCGAGGAGUCGUACGACGGCGGCCCCCGCAACCGCUUCGACCUGCGCGCCUCCAGCAAGAUGCUCUCCCGGGGCCUCUGGCUGUACCGGGACGUGCGCAUCGUCGGCCCCAUCCCCGGCGUCCUCGUCGGCGACGCCUUCCACUACCGCGCCGAGCUCUGCGUCGUCGGCCUCCACUGCACCCCGCAGGCCGGCAUCGGCUACAUCCCCGCCAGCCUCGUCAGCGAGGGCCACCCCGUCGCCACCAGCAUCGUCUCCUCCGGCGGCUACCUCGACGACGAGGACAACGGCCAGGUCCUCGUCUACAGCGGCAGCGGCGGCCGCCAGCGCAACCGCGUCGAGCACCACGCCGACCAGACGCUGGAGCGCGGCAACCUCGCGCUCCACUACAGCUGCCACUACGGCGUGGAGGUGCGCGUCAUCCGCUGCCACGCCUGCGACUCCAGCCCCAGCCGGAAGGUGUAUGUCUACGACGGCCUCUACAAGGCCGUCAGCUCCACCUACGAGCCGGGCAAGUCCGGCCGCCAUGUCUGCAAGUACACGCUGGUGCGCAUCCCUGGCCAGGAGGAGCUCGGCAGCAGCAACUGGUGUCUGGCCAAGGACAUCAAGGACAAGCUGCUGGCCAACCAGGCCCUCCCGCCCGGCUACAUCUCGCCGGACCUCUCCAACGGCAGGGAGGUGCUCCGCGUCCCCGUCUUCAACGGCGUGGACCACGAGAGCUCUCUCCUCGACUUCGACUACAUUGCCCGUCCUGAAUUUCCAUUGCCCCUCUCCCGGGUGAAGCAGCAGCACUGGGGCUGCCAUUGCGUGACCUCGCCGUGCGGGCCCGAGUGCGGCUGCGUGAUCAAGAACGGCGGCGGCGGCCCGGUGUACAACGAGGACGGCACCCUCGUCAGGGGCAGGCCGGUGGUGUACGAGUGCGGCGCGCUCUGCGGCUGCCCCAUGAGCUGCGGGAACAGGGCGACCCAGCGCGGGAUGAAGCACACGCUGGAGGUGUUCCGGUCCAUGGAGACGGAGUGGGGCGCCAGGACGCUCGACCUCAUACAGCCGGGCGCCUUUGUGUGCGAGUACAGUGGAGACGUCGUGGUCACCACCGGCGAGUGCGAGUUCGCCAUGGACGAGGGCUCCGUCAUCGACCCAAAGAGGUUCCCCAAGAGAUGGACCGAGUGGGGGGAUGCCUCUCCUGCACUCGUUGGAGAUGAUGAUGACAGGGUGCCCCGCCCCCAGUUCCCCCAUUUCCAGGAGCCCGGCUAUGUGCUCGACGUGUCCCGCAGGAGGAACUUGGCCAGCUACAUCAGCCACAGCUGCACUCCCAACGUCUUCGUCCAGUAUGUCGUCCGUGGCGGCGAAAACGAAUCGUGCCCUCACCUCAUGGUGUUCGCCAUGGAUGCCAUCCCGCCCAUGCGCGAGCUCAGCAUCGACUACGGCAUGGAUGAUCAGCAAAUCUGUGCAUGAUGAGAGGGUCCAGCAACGCCAGGUUCGACUCGAUGGACUGAAGGUGCGCUGUCUGUGAAACUUGGAGACUAGUGGAAGGAUUUUUUGGUAGCUAGUGUUCGUGAGCAAAUAUACCGCUUUUCAUCUUUUGCUGAAGGUUGAACCACCUCUCCCCUGAACUGUGAAACAGAGGGGAGCCCCUAGCUAGCUGUUGACAUUAGUUCGUGCCUGUAGGCUGUAGGUUUUCACUUGCUAGCUGUUGACUGUUAUUGUACUGAUAUGGUUGGUACAAUCUUAAGCAGGCUUAUGUUCAAGGAUUUAGUUUA